CGUAACGCUGUGAUAAAGAAGUGUUGAAAUUGAUCGAUGUACAUUGUUGUGAGAUUUAAAGGGACCGUGCGAUUGGCACACGAGGAGUAUUACAAGAAAACUCUGUACGGCUAAAGGCAAGAUCGCGGGUCCUGAUUUAACACCACCCAAAACCAAACGAGGCAACGCUGACCCGAGCCGGACUGGACCGGAGCGAGAAAGGGAUUCCCUGGAACAAACCGACAAAGGGAAAUCAUUCGCACUCCGAAGAUCGGAUGGUUAAAAUAUACAUGUCGAUUAUUUUCUUUAUUUCCUGUCCUUGUUGAAAACAAAGACAUCUUCAAAGAGUCCCAGCGACGUACAAAAACACGAAGGGGAGAUCUCCAGCCUCCGGGACUCUAGCGGGUCUGCGAUGUACUGUUUAUUACAACUCGCUUGCAGGAGCUGACACUUCCACGGCCGGGUCCUGGAGGAGGAGGAGGAGGAGGAGGAGGAGGGCUGAUACACAGAGACAACUCCAGACAUUUGCGAUUUCAGAUUCCAGUAUUACUCUUGUCUUGUUUUAGCCCCGACACGCACAAAGCAAGCGGCGUGAGGGGGUCCUAUAUACCCGACCCUGACGCGUUUGACUCGGAAAGGGGGUGUAAGGUUCACCCUGUGGCUAUCCUGCGCGAAUGGAACCGCCGGCAGCGAAGCGGAGAUGUACCGCGGUAUCAUCGGAUCGGGCAAACCGGGAUGGGUCACUCAGACACGGGCAGAAGUGCAGAGUCGAGUCGCUGCUGGACCUCAGCGCCAAGAGAGUGGCAGAGAGCUGGGCAUUUGAACAGGUGGAGGAGCGUUUCUCUCGGAUUCCUGAGCCGGUUCAGAAGCGCAUUGUGUUCUGGUCAUUCCCGCGCAGCGAACGUGAGAUCUGCAUGUACUCCUCGCUGAGCUGCCAGGGCCCCGAGGUGGACAGGGAGGGGGGCGUCCCCUUCCAGAAGGGGGGCAAGCUGCUGGAGACCCCCGGAGCCGUCAGCAGGGUGCUGCAAGUGGGAUUCCACCUGAGUGGUACGGUCCGGGAGCCGGCCAGCCAGGGCGAGCCGGAGCGCGUAUUCCGCGUCUCCAUUAGUUUUGACCGCUGCAAGAUCACCUCCGUGACCUGCAGCUGCGGCAACCGUGACAUCUUCUACUGCGGCCACGUGGUGGCGCUGUCGCUGCACCGGAUCCGCUGGGCUGGCCAGGUGGAGCUGCGCCUGCCCAUCUCCGAGACGCUUUCCCAGAUGAACCGCGACCAGCUCCAGAAGUUCGUGCAGUACCUCAUCUCGGAGCACCACACCCAGGUGCUGCCCACCGCGCAGAGGCUUGCCGACGACAUACUGCAGCUGGGCUCUGAGAUCAACAGGCUGAACGGAGCCCCGGACCCCACUGCCGGCGCCGGGAUCCAGGAUGAGAACUGCUGGCACCUGGACGAGGAGCAGGUCCUGCAGCAGGUCAAGCAGCUGCUCUCCAACGGGGGGUACUACGGGGCGGGCAAGCAGCUGCAGUCCAUGUUCAAUAAGGUUCGAGAGAUGCUGCGGAUGCGGGACUCGAACGGCGCCCGCAUGCUCACUCUGAUGACAGAGCAGUUCAUGGAGGACCCCCGCCUGGCCCUGUGGAGGCAGCAGGGCACCGGCAUGACGGACAAGUGCAGGCAACUCUGGGACGAGCUCGGGGCUCUGUGGGUCUGUGUGGUUCUGAACCCCCACGCCAAGCCAGAGGAGCGAGCCAGCUGGCUGCAGCUGCUCACGAAGUGGAACCGCAUGGAUGUGUGCCCACUGGAGGAGGGGAACUAUAUCAGCGAGGCACCGGGCUCAUCCGAGCCAAGCUUCAGACACGGUCAAGCCUCAGGGGGCGCUGUCAGACAGACAGUAUUCGGGAGAGCUAUCCGGUGCUGGGACCUGCACUGGCGGGACCCUCACCUGCAGAGGAUCCUCCGGGGUGACGCCUGCACCCCUGGCAGCCAGGGGGCACUGCUCAAGCGAGACCACGCAGACAAGACGCUGACCUUCGACCCCCAGGGGCGCCCUGUGUGGCUGGGGGAGCAGCUCCCCACAGCCUGUGCCCGUGUCGACGCCCUGCGCUCCCACGGGUACUCCAAAGAGUCCCUGCGGCUCGCCGGUGCGGUCGUGCACACCCUGCGGCUGCAGAGGAGACACCAGCUGGAGACCUUCAAGCAGCAGAAGAAAGAACUGCUGCAGAAGGGCGUGACCUCGAUAUCCAAUCCGGAAGGCUGGGUUGGCCACCCCCUGGACCCUAUUGGCUGCCUGGUGCGUACAUUCCUAGAGGCGUGUCGCAGUGAAGAGGACGGGCCCCUCCCCUACUCAGAGCUGGGCUGUGAGCUGAAAAAGCCGGUGUACUCCCACACCCCUCUGCCCUCCUCCUCCCCUGGCUCAGGCGAGUCCUAUUUCAUGCUGGCCCUGGAGGUGGCGCUGUGCGGGCUGGGGCAGCAGAGGGCCAUGCCUGAGGGCCUGUACGCCCAGGACAAGGUGGUGAGGGCAGAGGAGCAGCUCAUCUCUCUGCUGGCUGACAUCCCGCUGGAGGACAGGCUGGGGCAGUUGCUGCGCAGGCAGACUCAGCUCCUGCUGGAGGGUGGUCCCUUCAGUGGGCUUGGGGAGCUGGUGCACAGAGAGAGCGUCCCAAUGCACACCUUCGCUCGCUUCCUCUUCUCCUCGCUCCUCCCAAUCGACCCUGAGCUCGCCUACAAAGUAUCUCUGCGAGCGAUGAGACUGCCUGUUCUGGAGUCUCAGUUCCAGCACGCUGACCUCUUACCUUUGAACCCUCUGGACCUGGUGGUGACCAAUCGAUUCCCUCGCUGGUUUAUACUGGGACACCUGGAAACCCGUCAGUGCGAGCUGGCCUCCGCCAUGCUGACUGCUGCCAAAGGAGACCCCAAGUGGCUGCGCACGGUCCUGGGUUCAAUCCAGCAGAACAUCCACUCGCCAGCUCUCCUGUUCAAGCUGGCCCAGGACGCCUGCAAGGCUGCCACGCCCCCCAGCUCUGCCCCUGACCUCACCCUGCUCAACGUGGCCCUGGAGCUGGGGCUGCAGGUCAUGAGGAUGACCCUCAACACCCUGAACUGGAGGCGCAGGGAGAUGGUGCGCUGGCUGGUCAGCUGCACCACCGAGAUCGGAAUGGGUGCUCUGAUCAGCGUGAUGCAGGGCUGGUACGCCCUCUUCACCCCCGUCGAAGCCACGUCUCUAGUGGCACUGACAGCCACGUCCCACGCCACGGUGCUGCGCCUGGGGCUGGAUUACGCACAGCGGGAGGAGCUGGGGAGCUGCGCGCGGACCCUGGCCCUGCAGUGCGCUAUGAAGGAUCCCCAGAACUGUGCCCUGCCAGCCCUGACGCUCUGCGAGAAGGACCACGGCGCCUUCGAGGCUGCCUACCAGAUCGUGCUGGACUCCACAGCCACGGGGAUGGGCCACGCCCACCUCUUCACCAUCGCGCGCUACAUGGAGCACCGCGGGCUGCCGCUGAGGGCCUACAAGCUGGCCAACCUGGCUCUGUCCCACCUCAGCAUCUCCUACAACCAGGACACCCAUCCGGCCGUCAACGACGUCCUGUGGGCCUGCUCACUCAGCCACUCCCUGGGCAAGAACGAACUGGCAGCACUGGUGCCGCUGGUCAUCAAGAGCGUGCAGUGCGCCCCCGUCCUGUCCGACAUCCUCCGCCGCUGGAGCCUGCCCCCCCUCCCAGGGCGCAGAAACUCGGGGAAAGGGCUGCUGAGCAGCGGCAGCGAUGGCAGCAAGGCCCCCCUCUGCCAGAUGCUGGAGGCCGCUAUAGGUGCGUAUGUCAACACCACGCACUCGCGGCUCACCCACAUCAGCCCCCGGCACUAUGGAGAGUUCAUUGAGUUCCUCGGCAAGGCCAGGGAUACCUUCCUCAUGGCCCCCGACGGGCACAUCCAGUUCGGACAGUUUAUCGAGAACCUGAAGCAGACCUACAAGGGCAAGAAGAAGCUGAUGCUGCUGGUCAGGGAACGGUUCGGCUGAACCGAGCGCGUGAGAGGACUGAACUGAACAUGCAAGCAAUGCAACUUGAGAACAGACAAAGAAAACACUUGUAUAUGAAGCUAUAUUGAGUUUAUACAUAUAUAUAAAUAUAUAUUUAUAUGUGUGAUUUGGAAUUGAUGGGACACCCUUUAUUUUGGAUUUAGUUCGAGGUAUAUAUGAUGAGACACAUCUCCUGGUCUUACCAAAUUAAUGGAUGGAUUUGGACCGUUUAUGUGGCAAAAUAUAUGCACAAAUAUAUUUCUAUAUUGACAUGUGACUGCAGCUUUUGAAACACGUUUUUUAAGUAUGCCUGGGUAAAGGGGAAGAGACAGGGGAACCACUUUCCAUUUAUUUUUUUUUUAAUUUGAGGUGAAACUUGUCCUUUCUACUUAUACUUCUGUUUCUAUGUUAUUUAUUUAUUUAAUUUUUGGAAAAAAAAAAAUUUAAAAAAGACAAAAAAAAGUCAAAAAUGAAAUAGUCAAUGACCGAACAGCGGGACUGACUCGAAGAGCAACGGAGGGACGGAGGCGAUUUCGGGUUAAUAAAAAAAAAAAAAAAAAAAAAGAUAUAUCUAAUUAUUAUUUUAUGGAAGUGUUUUUGUGGGGGACGCACGCAGUUCCGUUUGCUUGAAGUUCAACUAAUAAAAUGGAAACAUAGGAAAUUAGGGAGUGCUGAUGCUCGUACUCGGAAGUAUUUCUCGGCAGGUAUUCAAUAAAUCCAUUUGUGAACAGGAUGAUGUCAAAACAAGACAAGCUGUCCUUCCCUCACCUUUACAACAGCGCGCCACUCUGUGGAAAUUCACUUCUGCAUGGCGUGUUUUAAAAGCUGUUUGGAAGAUUAUUUUCCUCUCACCCGGGGUGGGAUGGGAUAACACUUGUAUUACCGUACUGCUGUACCGAGGCCGUCAGCUGACAUUUCAUUGACAAUAAAUACUUCAGGGCAGCGGCUGUACGAGUUGUUGCGCAGCCAAAGGGAAUCUUGUGGUGUCAGUGCAGCUCAGGUGUGAGCGCAGGGACGCCUCUUUCUGGUAGAAGCUCCAGGCAUGUUAUUACGAUUCAUUAUAUAAACUCACCCCAAAGGACAGAGCAGUUCAGGAACACCCGAGAUUUUUGGGCCGAAACCCGAAGCCAUACUCUCUUUGUUAUAUUUGUGUAUUUUUGUUAUUUUUGCUGUAUUUGUGUAUUUUUGUUACAUUUGUGCAUUUUUUUGCUGUUGCUGCUUUUGGAGAAGAUUAAUGCUUUUCAGAACAUGGAGCAAAUCAAAAAGGUGGUUAUAGUAGGAAAACUACACUUCCCAUCAUGCAUUCCUCAGGUCAGUCAUAUAAAUGAAGUCAUUGUUUUGGUGGGUGGGGAGGGGGUUGUGUUUAUUCACCAGUUGUUUCCCCCACAUGCAGUCCUUUAAAACAACACCAGGGCUGUGUUCAGUAGGCAGAGCGCUCUGCCUGGCUCUAUGUAAUGUUACUGAACAGUGCGUUAGGAAGAGAGAACUUUCACGAUGGCGGAAAACAUUUGUUUUUUGAUGAAUUUAUCAAAGAUUGUGCAGAAAACCUGCUGUUUAAUGCCUCUAUUACACUUGCAUCGAGAGCCAACACCAUGGCUUUAGCGGCAGUGAAGUCAAACACAUGCAGGAGUCCUGUGUGGAUUGAAAACUACGUUGAGAGCAUUGUCCCUCAGUACUAAGAUUGUUCCAUAUUGCAAGCUUUAUUUACAGGUGGCUACAGUGCAGUUUACACUUGCAAUAAAGAGGUUUCUAUUGUAUGCAAGUAUUGAUUUCGUGUAGCCUAUACCACUGUGCUUUUUCAGCCGAGAUACACUGUGAAGCCUGAUAAUCUCACGGAAAUAGCAAAACUAUAAAAAACAUACAGUUCACCUUCAACACGGCCCUAUUCAUCUAUUAUUUUUCUUUUUAAAAGCAGUUCAGAAAAUAUUCCUUAAGGCCAAGCAAACAAACAAUAACAAGCUGAGCGCUUCGAAUGCAGACUCGUUUUGUUUAAAAGGAAAAAUACUCAAGUAAGCUGUCAAUUUAAAUAAACUAUCAGAUUAUUAUUAUUUUUUUUUUAGGAAAGAAUGCCACAUAUAUGUUGGUCAAAGAGAAAUGACACCAGUCGCUGUACUGGUCUUGUACCUCUGCCAUUUUGAAGCACCCACCGAGUAAGAGCCUCAGAAUGUUAGCUAACGUUACGAAGCGCUCUCGGCAUGCAGGUCUUCAACAGAAACGUUGUGGAGCGCUCUGCCUAGUGAACGCACCCCAGUAGCCAUUUUUGGAAGGAAAGGCUUUAAAUGAAUGUGUUUCCCAGAAGCCUCUCUUGUCGUUUUCUAGGAGUUUGUGUUGAGAUAUUAUUUUCAAGGAACAGCAAGCUGUACAAUAGAGAAUUUUGUCUUUGUUUUUGUUUAGUUUUUUUUUUUACACUUUUUGUACAAUUUCUAAGAACCUUUUGUAUGUCAUCGUAUGUUGGUGGCAGCAGCACUGUGUUGCAAAAUAUAUUGUGUACAAAUAUAUAUAAA